AAUUACUGUCAUAGCUUGCACGUGCCUUGAUUAGUAUUCAACCAAUGACACAGUGAGGGUUCUUUAACGUUUAGUCAUCUUUUAAUGGGGGAUUCUUAAGGUGGGACAUAAUAGCUCUGCCUUCAUGCAGAAGAGGUGAAUAUCAGCGGAAUAAUAUACUGACAACGAAAUCUGGGUGGAUGCAACAUAAAUGUCCAGUAACAAUAGCUGAAACAAGAUCAAAUCUCCUUUUAUGUUAGAUUCAGUUGUGGUACCAGCACAGUAAGAGAGUGUUGACCGGCGGUAAAUAAUCUCAAGUGCGUUCAACAAAUUUAACAUCCUGUGAUGACUCUGAUACGAAUAUUGACAGGAAAAGAAAUAUUCGCCUAAGUGUGUGAUCUGUUGGCUGCCGAUAGGGUUCAAGAGCGCUUAAAGUUUCACUGAAAUCUCCCGCCUGUUUUCAUUACAAUAACUUGACUCGUUGCACACGGUCGUAAGAUUGAGCAACCUCCAGUCGCUAAUGACCCUUCGUGUUAUAUAAGCUAAAUUUUCUUAAAUACUUACUAAUUAGUAAUUUGUUUAGAUAUACCUUUCAUUGUUUGUGUGCUCAACAAUGUGGAUUUAAUCACCCGCAUUCAUGUAGUGAGAAGAUGAACGGUCGGACUUGUCGAGUUUAGAUUAACUUUGUAACCUGUACAAAUACUCCAAAUGUUACGCAUGGACUAAGCGUAUUGGAAGGUACGGUUAGUAUUGGGCUACAAUUCACACAGCAUAAACAGAAGAAAAGUAACCUAAAAUUUUCAUUUGUUCGAUAUGGAUAUUUCAUCCCAGGCAGUUUUAACGGACACGAAUGAUUUACCUGCUACAGAAGAUUUUAUCAUGAACGAUACCAUCUAUCCCGAAUCUGGCUCCGGCUCGGUAUACGACUUUGAUGUUUUCCCGACCAUGUCCACGACAGAUAUCAAUCGUCAUCUCACAAGACUGAACUAUGAAUUUACCAUUUUAAUGAUACCGGCGAUGGUAUUCCUAUUACUUUUAAUGGUAACUGGUAUAGUUGGUAAUAUUUUAGUUCUACAUGUCUAUUUGUCAAAAUACAAGCUUGGUACUACCCGAUGUUACGUGUUAGCAUUGGCUGUGUGCGAUCUCUUGAGCUGCUGUAUUUCUAUGCCUGGUGAAAUUGUGGACAUGACUUACAACUACACCUUUACGGCAACCUAUUUGUGUAAAAUAUUACGAUCCGUGAACGCUUUUACGACCUUUUCUUCUGGAUUGAUUCUGAUCGUCGUCGCCAUAGACAGAUACAAGAAAAUAUGCACCCCGCUUCGCAUUCAAUUUUCUGUGCGUACUGCCAACAUCGUCGUUAUCAUGUGCUGCGUUGGCUCUAUUCUACUGUCCCUACCAGCGACUGUGCUGUAUGGAAAAAGAACUAUAUCAACGGGUAUAGCUUUGGUAAAUGGUACUGAUUGUUCAACUGCAGAUGCGUUUAUUGGGACACCAUAUCCACUUAUAUAUAACGGAGUUCAAUUUUUAUUCUUCAUAUUGGGUUCCAUGGUGCUUAUAACUCUGUAUUCCCUGAUCGGCAAACGUAUUUGGAGACAUCAGCAUUUCAGAGAUAGCGGAUUAAACACUGGAAAGAAACCCGUUAGAAUUUCCAGCACCACUGCUUCCGAUGGUUCGAGCCCCGUAACGGAAGUCGUUAGUGCUAAAUGUAAACGUCUCAGUCGUAUGAUCUCGACAGAUACUACUCACCAGGACACACUACUCUCUAAAUCAAGACGUUCUGGAAACCGUAAAACGACUUUAAUGCUAUUUUUAAUCACAGUAGUGUUUAUGUUAAGUUUCUUACCCCAUCUGAUUCUAAUGACCCUCAAGGCAUUGGAUAAAAACUCUUUAAGUGGAAGUGGCGGAUCAGCAGAAUUAGCCCAUAACAUUCUGUUGCGAUCAUACUUUAUAAACAGUGCAACUAAUCCCAUCAUUUAUAGCUUCUGCAGUAAUAAAUUCAGAAGCGAAUGUCAAAAACUCUUCAAGUGUAAAAAGUAACAAUUUGAAUUCUGGAACGGACAAUGGAAUCAUACAAGGCGUUAUUUGUAUCAAUAAUCGAUAGCGAUUACGGUUCUCUCAUAGUGAAGUUGUGCUGAAAGCUACUGACUCUCCCACGCUAUGAUUGAAUUUUAAAUAAAUUCACCGAUAAAUUUGCAGUUACAUGUCACCGUUUUAAGAGUAUCGGAAGAGGCCGUGAACAUCGAUAUAAUUUAUGUUAUUUCGGUACAGUAUUUAAACAAAAGCUAAAAGCAUAUACUUCAAAGACAUUAACGCUCCCAUUUCCUUGAAAUGUUAUACAAUGCUGUAUUUCAAACAACAAGUCGAACGGAGCAAUGACAUUUUAAUUGACAUGUUUAUUUCAGUUAUUUUCCUGUUUUAUUUAUUUAUUAAUUAUUUCCUUAUAGAGCUAUAUGAAGUCCAACUUGGAAUAAUUUGGAAUAAUUUGGUGUAUGUAUGUACGCAGAGUCUAAUUAUGUGUUAAUUUCCCGAACAUUUUUAGAUUCACUUGGUCUAACUGAGUAAGAAUUAAAUUGUCAAAUACUGAACUAUAUGAUGCUGUAUAUAUUAUACUGCAUCAUUUAGCACCUGGACAUUAUAAUGAAGAACCAUUAUAUAAUUAGAUAAAUAUUGUUAAUCAUCCUUCUUAGAUUGUAGAAUAACUAGUAUACUAGCCAUCUUCGACGGCCAAAAUAUGGAAAAUAUAUGUACCUCAAAUUUACAAAAUUGUAAUUCUAAACCUAUCGAAGAUGUUAGUAUUGUGAUAGAUGUUAUAUUUGAUAUUAAUAUGAAUACUGUUUAUAAUACGUCUGUAUAUUUUGCUUCUGUUGUUAUGUAUAAUGAUUAUUACUUUUUUUGUAUUUUCAUAUUUAUAAAGUGCUGAAUAAAUAUCUGGUCUUAUGAAAACCUGAUAUCACUCUCCAUUAUGGAAUGUUUCUCAUGUGGUGAUUCCAUUGGCUGUUGCUCGACUUUCCCGAAUACGUCCCUUAUUACUACUACUGGCUAGGAUCUCUGUGCUUGGUUUUCUUUUUAAUUAAAGGUCGAAAGCUCAAAACCAAAUAAUUUGUUUCAGCAAUUUCUAAAUCUGCACGCUUAAUGGCUAUUAGUAUAAGAAUAACACAAUUUUAAAAUUAUUUGUAAUUGAUCAUUAAAAAUUUAUUAAAGACAUUUGGCACCGGUCUGUUCAUGGGUAGGUCCAAGUUAAGCGAUCAUAAUAAUGAUAAACCUAUGACAUUAAUGUUAUGAUUGUCUGAUAUAUAUUAUGUAAUGUGUAGAUUAUUAUCUAUAUGAGAAUAUUUAUAACGGAUGCCCAUUUUAGGAAUUAAAUUAUUUUAUACACCAUA